AUGGUGAUGGUGGGGGGCUGGGUGGGGCCAUUUACUUGGCGCACGGUUUGUCCUGUGGCUCUUUUUGUCUGGAGUGACUUAUGGCUCACCUUCUUCCUCCAUGGUUACGCAAGUCUCGAGAUGGACUUGCUACUGCACAAAGUCACCCAGCAGGCGGUGCAGUAUGCCAUCAGGUCGGGCAUCACUAUGACUUCCGCCUAUUGCAUUAAAGAGUGUAGCCGCUUGCUCAAGCAGGCUCCCAAGCGGAGUCCUGAGCGUCAUGAACUGCUCCAGCUGCAACUUGAUCUUGAACAGAAAAUCAGAAUGAUCGCGCAGCCCAUCACUAUGAUUGAGUUGAUCGCCGCUCGGGGCAAUACGUCCCUGGAGUCAGCCCUGUCUCUCUGCAGGGAUUUGCGCUACGACAUUCAGGCGUUAGGUCAACGUCUUGACAAGGCGGCUCGCGAAGAGCAGCAUCUGCGACAGCACGCCCGCAAUGGCGUCUCGCGCGAGGAUGCUGACCACGAGUUGGUAGCCAUCAUCAGUCAGGUGAAGCUCCUGUUGGCCAGAAUCGAUGGCGCCGUGCCACUGAUUACGCUGGCCAUCACCACAUCUGGUUGCAGCCUGUCUACUUCGCUGUCGGGCACAAUCAGCCCCAGCAGACUGUUACAGGCGUCUACUUUUCUGACCGCUGCUGAUACGAGCUUCGCCCAUUCUCCGAUGAUGCCUCGUCAGGUAGGGCCCACCUGGACUUGCUGCUUGUAUAUGCUGUUCGCUAGUCACGCCUCGAGGAGUGAAAGCCACGAGGCAACAUGGAAAGAAGUCAUUCACAAAGCACGAGUCAAGCUGUGGCGCGUACCGCUUGAGAAGCUCUACUCUCUGCCUGGUGAGCCUAGCAGUCCAGACUUCUGCGAUGGACGUUCAAUCCCUUCCGAUGACAAAGCUGCAGAGUUUGCCUACCAGCUGUCCAUCGUAGAGGAUCUUGACGAUGGCAGGGUUCACACUUUCGAAGACGACGAACCGCAGCCCGGAUCCUUCGACGACGUUCCCUUGGCUGGGAUCAGAGAUAUCGUGCCCAUACACGAAAUCUCCAAGAUUUUCUACGCUGAUACAGGCAAAGUGCUUGGCAUUGGGGGCGAUGAUGAAAUCACCCAUCCCUGCCUAUUGCUUCGGCGCGAUUGGCAUGCUGAGCCACCGAGACGGAUGACCAGGCCGUCGCACGCGCAAACAUUCUCCGCUGAUAACGACGAGGACGACGAUGACGAAAAUGAACAAUCCCAGAUUGAUGCGCAGAUCCAGCGCGAAGCCACCCCGGAUGUAUCAAGCCAUGAAGAAGCAAUGCCUCGCGGCCAUUCAUGGCGGCUUCCCCCCGAUUUGGAUCCAGAGUGGAUGGCCUUCCAGGUAUUUGUGGAGGACGAUACUUCUGAGAGCGAAGACGAAGAAUCAGAGCACCCACGAUCAAGUCCAUCUACUUCAUUCGAGCCUAGCUUGGCAAUGGCAAAUCUUAACAUUAAUUCAUCACCACCUGAUACCCCGAUCAAGCCACGGUCGGCAUUAACCCUCUCCCCGGAGAAGCCCACUGGUCCUAUAAUCAAGACUACUCUGUCACUUUUGGAGAUGCUUCUCAAGCUUUCGGCCCUACAGCAGUUCAGACAAGAAUCGCAUCUUGCCGUCGAAGACGAGCUUCUCAACUUCUUCCUGGAGGAUAGUGGCACCGCUGGCGCUGGAGCAGAAAAGCAACACCGCCAGGAGGUCAGACGCGCUGCUAUUCAGCGCGUAGGCUUCGACCCCUACGAUGAGUCCCCUAUCAAGCGUCGAGGCGAAGAGUACAUCAGCCGAGCUGAUGGCUCCCCGCGAUCUCUCAGAGGCUCACCUAAGCCAACGAGUAUUCCACACAACGAAGAGUACAAGUACCAAACACCCGCGCUGGACUUGAGUCGCUCGCCCCAGGAUCUUCUGUUGGCCAAUCGUGGUGUGGCCUCAUCGCCGUCGCCGCUCCCAACUGGAUCUCAGCAGACGCCGCCGAGAUCUUUCACGCCUGAAAAGGGUAGCUACGCUCAACGCAGAGCCGCACCAGUCAAUUCCAACGCGUCGCAAUCUGCCGCAAGCAGCGAAGGUUCCGGGACUCCGCCGAGCACACAGAAGACAAGAGCGGCACUGCUACGCGCACGAAAUGACACGAAAUCACGAAGCCCGCUUCACGAGACACAUCCAUCCGGCGAUGAUUGA